UACAGGUAAUCCCUCAUCGGGAAACAUCCUCCUCCUAUAAGGCUAUUGGAUCUUUAUUUUGACAUAGACUUGGAGGUCUCUCCCUCAUAUGGUGACUCGUGAAAUCGCACAAGGAUAUUUGGCUGUAGGCGAGAAGCUCAUUUAGACUCAUGAGUAAGCAAUUCAAAACUGUUUGCUGAUCUGGAGGAGGAUCAUAGACCAGGAGAACAGCGUCAGAUCUGCCUGUGUCUUUACCUAAUAUCUUAUAAUAUCACGCAUAUUUAUGGUGCACCUCUCUCUCUACAGUGGGAGUGUUUUCAUGCAGCAUUAGCCUCACAGAUCUUUUGUCACAGUGCGACCACCUGCGCUUGGAAAUCAAAGGCGGUGGCUGCCCGGCGUGCGGAGCUGAAAAAAAAAAUCGGAGACUCUGAGCAUCUGUGCAGCUACUCCCCUAGAAGCCUGCUGCAAGGCAUGUCGACCGCCGGGGAAGUACCAGCCUUCUUCAAGAGCAUGGGCUCUGACAGCCCCGCCAGGCCGAGGCAGAAAUUCUGUGGCAUGUUCUGCCCGGUUGAAGGCUCCUCGGACAACAAGACGCUCGACUUUGAUGCGCUCUCGGCGUGCAGGGGCAAGAGUGACGGGCGAGUCAUUGACCGGCAGACCGACAUCUCCCAGCCGAGGAAGGUGGAGAUAAGGGAGAGCACAGGGAAGGAGGCUCUACAGAACCUGGAUGAUAAGAGGAGCGACCGUCUCCUGAUCAAAGGAGGGAAGAUCGUGAACGAUGACCAGUCCUUCUGUGCUGACAUCUAUAUGGAGGAUGGAGUCAUCAAACAAAUCGGGGAAAAUCUCAUCGUGCCCGGCGGGGUGAAAACCAUCGAUGCCCACGGCCGCAUGUUGAUGCCAGGUGGCAUUGAUGUGCACACGCGUUUCCAGAUGCCUGAUCGAGGCAUGACCUCUGCUGAUGACUUCUACCAGGGCACCAAGGCCUCACUGGCCGGAGGCACGACCAUGAUCAUUGACCACGUGGUUCCUGAGCCUGGCGUCAGCCUCAUCUCGGCUUUCGAGCAGUGGCGUGAAUGGGCCGACAGCAAGUCCUGCUGCGACUACUCGCUGCAUGUCGACAUCACCGAGUGGCACAAGGGCAUCCAGGAAGAGAUGGAGACGCUGGUGAAGGAUCAUGGCGUCAACUCUUUCCUGGUCUAUCUGGCUUAUAAGGAUAUUUUCCAGCUUACUGACGCUCAGGUGUACGAGGUGUUCAGUGUGAUCCGCGAUCUGGGAGCUAUCGCCCAGGUGCAUGCUGAGAACGGAGACAUUGUGGCUGAGGAGCAGCACAGGAUCCUGGAGCAGGGGAUCACUGGGCCUGAGGGACACGUGUUGAGCCACCCUGAGGAGGUGGAGGCGGAGGCCGUAAACCGCUCUGUGACUGUGGCCAAUCAGACCAACUGCCCUCUCUAUGUCACCAAGGUGAUGAGCAAGAGUGCUGCUGAUGUCAUCGCCCAGGCCAGGAAGAAGGGCACUGUGGUCUACGGAGAGCCAAUUACCGCUAGCUUGGGAACAGACGGUUCUCACUACUGGAGCAAGAACUGGGCCAAGGCUGCUGCCUACGUCACCUCCCCUCCUCUGAGCCCCGACCCAACCACACCAGACUAUCUCAACUCCCUGCUCUCCUGUGGUGACCUGCAGGUGACAGGAAGCGCACACUGUCCCUUUAACACUGCCCAGCGUGCCGUGGGCAAAGACGACUUCAGCUUGAUUCCUGAGGGCGUCAACGGCACUGAGGAGAGGAUGUCUAUCAUCUGGGACAAGUGUGUGGUGACGGGUAAGAUGGACGAAAACCAGUUUGUGGCGGUGACCAGCACCAACGCCGCCAAGAUCUUCAACCUGUACCCCCGCAAGGGUCGUAUCGCCGUGGGUUCAGACGCCGACUUGGUGCUGUGGGAUCCAGACAUCACGAAGAUCAUCUCUGCCAAGAGCCACAACUCGACUGUGGAGUACAACAUCUUCGAGGGCACAGAGGUGCGCGGCGGGCCUCUGGUGGUCAUCAGCCAGGGCAAGAUCGUCUUGGAGGAAGGGAAUCUCCACACCACUGAGGGCUCGGGACGCUUCGUAGCCCGCAAACCUUUCCCUGACUACGUCUACAAGAGGAUAAAGGCUCGCAGCAGGCUGGCUGAGCUGAGGGGCGUACCCAGAGGACUGUACGACGGUCCGGUCUGCGAGGUGUCAGUCACACCUAAAACUAUGACUCCUGCCUCCUCUGCUAAGACCUCACCUGCCAAGCAGCCCAACCAGCCCGUCCGUAAUCUGCACCAGUCUGGUUUCAGUCUAUCUGGUGCCCAGAUUGACGACAACAUUCCUCGCCGGAACACCCAGCGCAUCGUGGCGCCACCAGGCGGCAGGGCCAACAUCACCAGCCUGGGUUAGAGGUCCGCCCCUCGGCCGCUGAGGAGGAAACAAAGGUCUGAGGAAGGACGGCCUACAGGAGCUGAGGGGUCAAGGAAAACCCACGUCACGACACCAGGAGCCGAACCCUUUCGCAGCACCCGACCGGGCCAUCCGUCAGCCUCGAUCUUUCACCUCCUCCUUCGCCGCUUUUCACGUACCCACUCUCCUCCUCCCCAAAAACCCGAGCCUAGAGGACACAGUUAGAAACAAAAAAAAAGGUCUGCCUCAUAUGAUUUAAAAAAAAGAGAAAAAAAUGAAACACUCCUUAUUUGAGCACUUUUGACUGCGUUAUUUUGUUUUUUUUAUACCGUCUUUUCUCCCUGCCAUAUUUCCUUCUGAUGUUUGUUUUACUGUUGUUUUAAUAGAGGGAUCCAGUGAGACUAAACUGAAAUAACACAGUUAAGAGAAGUGGAACAUUUCAUGCAGGAUGUCCAUAAUAUUUCCAUUCUGUCUUGUCAUUUCUGAAGCAGUUUAAAUGGCGUACGGUUAUUAAACCAGUGUUGUCGUCUUCUUUUCUUGUUUCUCCUGAAUAGGCCAAACACUAGGCUGCUUUAAAUCCAACAGUCUUAUAGUUAAUUCAGCCGAAAAGAAUCAAACACUUCUUUCAAGCUGUCUGUGAUUUGUAUUAUGUUGCAUUUCAGUUGCUUCACUUUCCAGUGCAUCGCCAUCUGUCACACACUCCUGUAGUCAAUACCCAAUUGAUAAUUCGCCAGGAUGACGGCCUUAAAGGUUCGAAAAGUUGAACAGUCCAGCGAUCUUUUAUUAGAGUUAUUGACUCUGGCUGCACUGGCUCUCAUCUCAUGUUUUCCCACCUGUGGCUUUGCUAAGGUACAUAAGUAAAAAACCAUAUUCCAUAUUUUGGCAGCUGCCUUAGAGCUUGUGAGUCUUGUGGAGCAGAAGGAGCUUUGGCAGGUAGUAAAUAGAGCUUUAUGCCUCAUCUGAGUGUGGAGAGGGAGAAUUGAUGGAAGGAUUUAGGGAGGAAAAGGAAAGUUGUACGCGCUGUCAUUUGAAACUCAACCUUUCCUUGCCUUAUUGACUCUUAAUGCCGUCCUUUUAGAAAAUUUCACCACGCAGCUACAUACUUUCCGGUUUGUUUGCAUUCCUGUGAAUCAUAAAGGUCCACUUUUCUUUUUUUGUUUGUUAAUUAAACGCUGUCGGCGCAGCCAUCAUCACCAACCAGUGCAUUUACAUACAGAAUGUUUCUCCUCCUCCAAAUGUGACUGUUUUAUACUCAUCGAAAUCCCUCUUUCUUUUCUACUCUUUAUGUGCCUGAACCCACAGAAGUUGUACUGAUAGUUUUAAAAAAUGUUUGUUGUUUUGUUAUUCUUAUUGAGGUAAGUGAAGGAUGUAAGAUAAAAAAAAGAAAAGAUGUAAAAUAGCCAGGAUUAACCGAUUCAAAGGUGCCAGACUUUGCGCUUUCGUAGGGCCUAUUCUGCCGGUAGAGCCCCUGUAAAGACGAAAAAAUGCUCGAUAUCUUGAAAUGUUCUAAUGUUUUAGAGUUUUUAACUUGUUGUCAAACUGCUUUUUAGUGUCAUUCUGUAACUAGGUGCCUAAGGGCUGAGCACUAUUGAUUUACGCUUGAAAGUAGACAUGAGCUAAUGUGCUUCUGAAUAGUGUGCAGUGUUGAUGUGUGAGGGAUGGGACACGCGCAGCAGCAGGCUCCUGUACAGCACUCUGAACUGUUGUGGAUGUGACAUCGCUCAGGGCCGUGCUGAGCGCUCAUACACUCUUUUUUUUUUUUGUGCAUGAUCUGGUUUUCAUUAAGCCAAGCAACUGAUUUCCUGUGUUAGUUCUUAUGUCAAUGAGGUCUUGGCCACUACUCACCAUCCCUCUGCAGCCUUUUUCUUCCCCAUGACUCAACACGGAGCAACGAGCUCACCCUGACACGGACAUAGGGGCCAGUUACUUCAAUCUAGAGUAAGAAAUUAGACUUAAACAACAGGCUUACUCACACAUAUACAUUCACGCAUACAUACAUAUAUAAUGUAGAUACAGACGACACCACCUCUGUUUGUGCUUUCAACCCCAGUUGUUUCACACUCCCUCCCCUCUGAUCUAACUGGGAGCCUAUAGAAGGCAAAGUCUGUCAGUGCUGCGCGUGGUAUAUGUGUAAAGCAUCCACAGCGGGGGGGAAUGAAACAUGUCUGAGACAAGACAGGAAUGAGAAAUGGAAACCUGAUCUCCACGGCACCUUACGCAUCACACGACAAGGUUUUUGUUAGUCAGGAGUGGGGAAUUUGACCCCGUCUGUCUGACACAGAGCUCCACUGCUGCCUCUUUUCCCUGAUUGUUUCUCACUCUAAUUACCCCAAGAAAUUCCCAGAAUAAGUGACGGCAUUGUGCGUUUCUGCAAAUCACAGAUAUGUUAAAUUUGUACGUUAUGUCGCGAAUGAAGCUGUGGUUAUUGUGUGUUAAAGCUGAGGCACAAAAACCACCUGGUUAUGGUUAGGAAAAGAUCACGUGUGGCUUAAAAUACCUGAUUUUGGAAACGCAGAAAAAUACUUCUCGUGGCACUAUCCCUGCAGGAAGUGAUACAAUAUGUCGAUAAUAUGACGGCACCAGUUAGUUUCUGGGCUCCUUUUUUGAAACCUUGAGUUCAGCAUUUUUGCCGUCACUGUCGUGGUUUUUUGGAGCCAGAAGUGGCCAUAUUUGGACAAGGGGAUGGAGCUGUGGAGGAGGGAGAGGUGGAUCGGAUUCAUAGACAUGUGGUGACACGUCACAGACAGCCUGAUACUCAGUCGCCCCCACCUUUAAUUUUAAGCCCUGAUAAAGUGGGUUUACAAAUUGAGUUGUGUAUGUACAGCUGUCAUGAAUGUUGAAAUUAGCUACAAAGACCAAAACAAACUUCCAUACCAGGUUGUAAAUAAGUUUCUUGACUCACUUUUGGAGCCAGCCCCAAGUGGCCAUUCGAGGAACUGCACUUGCAUUGGCUUCAUUUUUCAGUCCUGGAGGUUUCCGCUUGGUGGAAACAUAGCGAAAGAUUGGUAAAAAGCCUCUGAAAGAUGCAGUGAUGGCUUACUAAAAAACUUCCGUUGUUGGUAUGAACAGUGGUUUGCAGCUUGGUGUCUUGCAUCCACCAUCUCCUCCGUCUCCCAAUGGUAAAAUCAGCCCAAAAAACUUGCCACGUCACUUUAGACAUGUUGAUAUAUGUAUAAAACAUGGUCUGCUGAAACGUACAAUGCCAACUCUCGUCCCUCUCUUCUAGACCCAGUCUACAAGAUAUUAAUCCUUACAAAUAAACUUUAGGCGGGAGAGUAUGUGGCGGGAAAAGAUGGUAGUUAAAAUCCCUAAACACUGACACAUUUUGGCAGCAGGCGUAGCUCUGGUGAGAGUAAUAGCAUGCUCCUUGUAUUUUUGUAUUUUCCAUGUCACUCCUUCCUUUCAGUUUGUCUUUACCCCUCCCUCUUUGCCUUUCAUCCCCCUUCUUUUCUUUCAUUCCUCCCCUCCCUCCCUCUCUGGCUCCUUCGUUGUUUCUGGCUGUUGCCGAGGCGACAGACCCCUCCACUCUCGCAGGGUUCUGCUUUUUGUUUGUCAUGGCAACGCUUGUCAGAUCGGAGGUUGCCGUUAGCAACCUGUCCUGACCUGGUGCUAUGAGUACAGCUUUGCGUCUGCACACACACACUCACACACACACACACAGACAGGUUUUUAUAAUUAUUCUGUGACAGCUCUGCAGCAUUUCUACAUAAUCCUGUGCUGAGUUGCAUGGAAUCCUGAAUCCCCCGCUGCUUAAAAAGAAUCUAUUAGAGUUGAAAGCGCACUACAGACUACAGAAGAAACACACACACACACACAUACACACAGCAAACAGCCGUUGCUGUGAUGCAGCACCCAUGCCUGAAGAAUUGACUCGGACAUUAAAAAAACAGCUGUCAGCGUUGGCACCCUCGCCGUGUCCCAUGCCUCCUCGACGCACACACACUAAAACACACACAUAUACUCCUUUAAUGCUCUGUCAGCUUGGAUGCUUUUUCUAUGCCAUAUUAUGCUAAUGAUAUAUGAGUGAUAUGUAUGUACGCAACGUGCUGCAGGCUGAGAGGAGCUUCCUUCCGUUCGGAGGUAGUCGAUGCUGUUGAACACCUUCUCGCUCCCUGAACCUUUUCGCCCCCCCCUCUGUAAGCCUUCCCCCCACCCCCCUUGUGAAAGUGAAACUGUGUGAUGGUAUUUGUCUUGGUGGCUGUGGGGUUUCUGGGAUGCUUGCUCACUAUGGAAAAAGUGUCAAAUCCCGUGGAUGGUGAUGUAAACAAAACAACAAGGACUUCGAAGAAUUAAAAAAUGAGAAAAAAAGGAA